AUGGACGCCAAGCCUUUUAGACCGCGCGGCGCCGAAAAUGCACCUCAUCUUCAACAACAACACAAGUCAACGGGAAAUCUGGCCAACAUGGCCAAGUCCACCACAGCAGUUGGGUUCCGUGGCCCUGCUAAGCGAGCAGCGUUUGGCGAUGUGACCAACGUUAGCAAGCAAAUCGGACACACUCGUGAUGACGGCAAAUCAAUCAAAGUCUACGCUACGAAUGGUGUCAAUCAUGGACUUACAGGCGUGCCUGUGAACAAGGAGAACGGUGCUUACGGCAAGGAAGCCUUCUCCCGCCCCGCUCAAAGAAUCGCCAACCAAGCAUCGACACGAACCGCAUUCGAAAACAAGAACUUUGACGCGAACAAGAAGACCUAUGUGAGGAAGGAUGGCCACGUUGCCACCAAACCUCCUGUUCCUUCUUCGGUCCAGAAUGCGCCUUCCCUCCAACCCAGACACCACAAGAGCCAGCCUCAGCUCAAGCCUCAACAGCAGCAGGCCAGUCUACGGCGCACACAGAGCAAGCAGCUCGACAAGGUCGUGCCCAAGCCAGAUGCCGAUACGGGCCACAAGGCCACGAAUCCUGCGGGAUUCCAGCUUCAGGAGACAGAAUAUCCCUAUGAUCACGCUGCGUAUCUUGACUCCAUGUAUCUGCCUAUUGAAACUGGUGCCCCCCUCGAUGUGCUCCAAAAGGAGGUGUACCCGGAGCUACCUGCCAAACUUCCCGAAAUUUCCGAAGAUGAUGCUGCCAUCCAUUCUUUCGAAGAAGGCCACAUGCCCGCCAUGUCAGAACCUGAAGAAUGCUGGGAAGAGGAUGAGGAUGAGGAUUAUGACGACCAGGACCAAGCAUACACAACGGCGCACUCGGUUCGUUCCCGAGAUAUGACUGCUGGUGGUGCUACAGAGAUUGAUCCUCUACCACGUGUAACAGCGCGAGUCCAGCGUGAACUCGAAGACGCCCGUGAGGAGGUGGAGCGAACUCGUACCACAGACGAGAUCGAAGAGGAGAUGUGGGAUGUUAGCAUGGUUGCCGAGUAUGGCGACGAGAUUUUUGAGUACAUGCGCGAGCUCGAGAUCAAGAUGCUCCCCAACCCCCAUUACAUGGACGACCAGACCGAGAUUCAAUGGUCAAUGCGAUCCGUCCUUAUGGAUUGGCUUGUGCAGGUUCAUAACCGUUUCGGUCUAUUACCUGAAACUCUUUUCCUGACCGUCAACUAUAUCGACCGUUUCCUUUCCCAGAAGAUCGUGUCGAUUGGCAAGCUCCAACUUGUCGGCGCGACAGCCAUCUUGGUCGCCUCCAAAUACGAAGAGAUUAACUGUCCUUCUCUAGGGGAGAUUGUAUACAUGGUCGACAAUGGGUACACCGCGGAAGAAGUCCUCAAGGCCGAGCGUUUCAUGCUUAGUAUGCUGAGCUUCGAGCUGGGCUGGCCUGGCCCUAUGAGUUUUUUGCGACGCGUCAGCAAGGCUGAUGACUAUGACUUGGAUACUCGUACUCUCGCCAAAUAUUUCCUCGAGUUGACCAUCAUGGACGAGCGUUUCGUGGCUUCACCCCCGAGCUUCCUUGCUGCGGGUGCGCACUGCCUUUCACGACUCAUUCUCAAGAAGGGUGACUGGACUAAGCAGCAUGUCUACUACUCGGGCUAUACUUGGGGUCAGUUGAAGAGCCUGGUUACGAUGAUGAUCGAAUGCUGUGAUCGUCCUCACCUACACCAUGCCGCAGUGUUCGACAAAUACACAGACCGUCGGUACAAGGAAGCAUCUUUGUUGGUGCAGUCAGCACUUGAUGCCGGGUUCACUCUUCCUCACCAGGUGGCACCCGUUCGUCAAGAGCUUGACGCGUACCGUGAAGAUAGCGCUGAAUUGCCCAUUGCACAGCCUCAGCUCAUUCCCAUUGAGGGUUGA